ACCCUUCUAUCAUUUUUUUGCCUUCUUUCGACGCGGAAAAAACAGGUUUACAUCGUAACACUUCGUACAAAUCUUCAUUGUUUGUUAUUGGAAAGAUUCCGACGCGCUUAGAAAAUAGUUUAUCAACGAGAGAUUUAUAUGUAAAUAGAUGUUGUUUGGUGUUUAAAGGGAUUUGUUAUGGAUGGUGAUUAUUACUCUUCAAUUUACGCUUGGUUUGAAAGAUGUGGAAUAAUAUCAAACGUUCGCACUCACCUUCGUCAGAACCUGGUGAAUGCCUUGAAAAGUAAAGACAUGACCCUGAACAAAACGAAUAUCGGUCCUAAAUCGGCAAAGCAGUAUGUCUACGAUUUGUUGAUAGCGGAGUACCUCUGGAAUCACAAUUAUGCUUACACAGUAUCGGUAUUCGCUAGUGAAGCCCCUCUUCUCAUUAAUUUUCGCAAACACAUACCAAAGAGUGAUAACGGAUCAUUGGAAACGGCUGAUAGAAAUAAACUGCAGACUGAUUACGUUUGUCACGCGCUGGAGACCCUGGGGAUUAGCCCAGGGGGGCCGGAUGGUCAGGCUAUCAUCGGAGAGUACGAUAGCCAUGAUAUGCCCUUGUUGUUAUCAAUACUGAAAUAUAUUAGCCAAUUUAAAAAGCCGAAGAGUACUGUUCAGAUAGUUAGGGAGGAUUUUAAUGGCGGCACCAAAAGCUGCAGGACUCAGACCGAUUUUCCUGAUGGUGAUGUUACUGCAGAGGCUAUCAAAAUCAUGGCAGCUAAGAAAAAAUUGAUGAGGCAGAAGGAAUCCUUCGACAAGGAGCUGAGGGAGAAGGAGAAUGCUCUGAAUCUCAGAGCUAAUCACAUCGAACAGCAGAUGAUAAAAUUGGACGAGAAAUUGGCACAUGUUCAGGGUUCCAUAAAAGCUCUAAAUUUAAAAGAGAAACAGUUUCAUGAAGACAGAAAAGAUGAGGAACGUCGGAUGUACAGAAAAGAAUUAGAACUGGCAGUGAAGGAGAAUUCAUUAACAAGAGAAGCUGAGAGAUUAGAAUUGGAGCGAGAUAGUUACAGACAAUUCGAGGUGAAUCUGAAAAAUCUCCAGGAAGAAUUGGCAAAAGUGAAACAAGUUCUUCCCAAUAAAGAGACUAGAGAGCUCCAAGGCUCGAAAAAAAGCACAAAUGAAGCUUCGACGCAGACUGAGAAGUGUAACAAUGAAACGAAUAAACAAUUGAAUGAUCAAGAGAAACGAGAGCUGCAGAAUCUCGUCCACGAGCAGAAGUUGAGGAUAGAGGAGCUGACGUUGAGAGCAGUGAAGCUAUCAAGACAACUCGAGGAAGCCCAGCUGGUUAAAUAUACGAGUAGUGAUGUCACGAAAGUAAUUCUUCCAGUGCAAUCCUCGAGGACAGUUCUCAGUGAGAGUAGCUGCACCGAUGAGAUCAUUCAAGACGCAAAACAACGCCUGAAGAGACUUGAGGAAGAAACAAUGAAGGCUGAUAAUUGUUACUUAAAUUCAAUGAUCACUUCGCCCUUAUGACGAAGAGUUCACUUCAAUUUAUCCGAGAAUUCCGAGCACCUGUGUGAUUGAACAAAUUAUGUACUAGUGUGAAUAAUUUUAUUAAUUUGAUUUAUUUAUUAAAAAUGGAUUUAUCACAGAGAGACUGCACACACAAUAAUUCACGAGUAAUCAGUUUAUACUAGAAAUUCGUUUUUUUUUUCAUUUAUUAUUGGGUAAAAUUGGAUUCUUGAUGAUUUAAUAUAAAAAUUAUUUACUAUUGA